GGGAGGAGAACUGAGCCUGUUUCCUUCAUGCCACAUUCCACUCUGCUUCCUUGACUUUCUCACCGAAAACGUUUGGGGAGAGGGCCCCGGCAGUCCUGCCUUCAUGCCUCUCUUGCCUGCAUGGCCUGCCUUCCACAGAGGAGUUGCCAGGAGCAGUGAGGAGGCUUCCCUGGUGCAUGGCAAAGUCCAAACAUGAGGGCAGGAGAGGAGAGCUGUAAAGGAAUGAGCAAGGGCAUAGGGAAGGCUCUGCAAGUCCAAGUUGCAAUUUCUGAGCAGUUCUGUCCAGGAGACUGUACCCAGGUUAUGACGACUAAUCCAAAACCAAACAAAGCGUUAAAGGUCAAGGAGGAGUCGGGAGAGAACGCCCCGGUACUUAGCGAUGAUGAACUUGUGUCGAUGUCUGUGCGGGAGUUGAACCAGCACUUGAGGGGUCUCACAAAAGAGGAGGUCAUCCGCCUGAAGCAGCGGCGCCGCACACUUAAGAACCGGGGCUAUGCUGCCAGCUGCCGCAUCAAGCGUGUGACACAGAAGGAGGAGCUGGAGAGGCAGCGGGUUGAGCUGCAGCAGGAGGUAGAGAAGCUCGCUCGGGAAAACAGCAGCAUGAAGCUGGAGCUAGAUGCUUUGCGCUCCAAGUAUGAGGCACUGCAAACCUUUGCCCGCACGGUCGCCCGAGGGCCCAUCACUCCAACCAAAGUCGCUACCACCAGCGUCAUCACCAUUGUGAAAUCGGCAGAAAUCUCAUCUGGUUCUGUGCCGUUCUCAGCAGCGUCCUAGUGUCCAAAGUGGCAGAACUAGCAGCCUUUUUGGAAGGGAGAGAAGGGUCCUGUCUGUGGUUUAAGAGCUUGCUUUCCUGAAGGAUUGGCAGUCCAUUUUUUCCAAAACCACAAAGUGGACUUUGCAAAAGGAAAACUGGUUCUUCUUGUUGUGCACUUCAAGUUCUAUAAUCCUCUUGUGGCUGGAAUUGGAAGUCCAUGCCUAGUAGUAGGAGUUGCACAUGGGGUCUUGCAAAGCUCCUUCCUGCAACCUCUUUAAGUCCUAGGCAGCUCCCCAGUUGAGAGAAGACACCAGAGUAUCCUCUGGAACAUUUUGGAAUGAAACAGAUGGCCUGGCAGAAUUGUCAAGCAAGUUGAAUAAAUGAAGAACAGCAUCUUCCUUCAGAAAAAGAAAAAAGGGUCCCAUCACAGCCACUUUUAUAUCCACCACAGAAUGGGCAAUUGACUCUGGAUCAGCUUUUGCUGAGAGUUCACCAGAAUGUCAUAGGAUAAUGUCUUUUCUCUCCAGUGAUGGAAAUGCCUUUGUGGGUGAAUUUCCACCUUUGGCCACCGUUUGAUGCAAUUUUUUUUCCCUGUGUCUCCCCUUUGCCAUGUGGCCUAGCAAACGGAGCUGCAUCUACAAUGCAAAAAUCUCGUAUCUAUUUCCCCAUAA